AUGUCCCUGUUCAAAGCUAUCAACAUCGAGUCGGACGUCGAGUCGGACGAGGAGGUCGAUGAUACCAAGGAAAUCCAAAUCGAGGAAGCUUUGAAGCUGUACCAGACCGCCCUCAAAUACCACUCCGAGGGCCCCAAGUCGUACCGCGACGCUAUCGAAGCUUACAAAGCUCUCUUUGACUCCGACAUCUUCAAAUACCCGGAAUCGCUUUCCGAAUACCGUCGCUCUGAGCUUCACGGAGACCCCGACUAUGAUUUCAUAUUCCAGGAGGACCAUGAGGCUGGUCCGACUCAGCUGGGCGGUUCUGCAGACAGUGCACCUAAUACUCUGCCUCAGAUAUUACACCUGUCUUACAAAAACCAUGGCCAAUUCAUGCUGGAAGUGGUCGAGCACAGUCUACGGGAGCGACAGCAAGCUCUCCUUGUACUGGAUGCUGCUGCGUCCACAGCGGCUGUAGACGUCCCACUUCGCUACUUUGCUGAAGCUCUGGAUAAAGACGACUCGGAUCUGGACCUGUGGGCGCGCACUGCUUCAGUUGCAGCGCUUACUGGAAGCAGCAGGAUCACGAGAUUUUGCUUAGAGGCCGUAUUGGACGGCGACGAUGAGGGGCUGGACAGCAUCAUGCGUCUUCCUGGCCUCGAAGAAGGAUUCGCCGGCCAACAGUUGCGGGAGCUUGUGGAAAAAUUGCAGGACACAUUAUCACUGCUACAACAACCACUUUCCGCCCUGAGGCGAAGGAAGCUAUCCGCCGCUCUGAAGAGACGACUAGCUCCAUUCUCCUUCGCUCCCCUACCAGGAGAUGUGAAGCGACGUGAUGCUCUGGAGAAAGCUCUAAGUCGUCCUUCGCCACAUAUUCCUCUGAGCCCCAUCAAAUCCGACUGGACACAUUUGGGCGACGCCAUCUUGAACGAAUACCUUCAAGAGCAACAACGCCUGGUUGAUCCGGGCCCAGGGAUACUCGUGACUCUGACCCUUUCUGAUUUACCAAACAACACCGUCGAGACUCAGCAAGUACCGACGAAUACCGCGGCGUCAGAACCGCUAGCGGACCAAGCAGGGCAGCCCUCCGAAGCGCAGGCAAACGUGGAAGAGAAGGAUGGAAAGGCUCCUGGCGAGAAGACAGAAGACACGGAGAUGAAAGAGGCUGGCGAUGAUAAAGCAGACCAAGAAGGAGCAAAAAUUGACGAAAGAGCGUCUGUAGAAGCCUCUGACCGACCACCUGCAUCGUCGCGAAAAAGGUCGACAGAAUCAGCUGGUCUCCCCGAGUCUGGAGAGGGUGGCCGUGGACGAAGCAAACGGAUCCGAGCGCGUGAAUCGAUUGGCGAUGCUAAUCUGGGUAGUGUUGUCACUGCAGCAGACACGUCCCAACAGCAUGUGGAGGACGAGUUGCGCCAAUUCCAUGAAGCUGACGACUGGUUGUAUGAGGUCGUCGGAGAUAUGCUGGCAAAGCUGGAGGUCAAGGGAUUGAAGUCUCCCAAGGUCGUGAGGGACAUGCUGCGCAAUAAGAGAACAAAUUCGACCAAAAUGGAAGAAUCGGGGUUCAAAACAGCCGCCGAAGAUCUUUACAAAAUCCUUCAACAGCUCAUUCCACAGGCAGUCCCAAUCCUGACGGGCCCCGACUCGAUCGACAUGUUAGGAAGCGCUUCUCGCGAAGCCGGGCUUAACGCUUUCCUGGGCUACACAAAAUCAUCAGGCUCUGAGAGAGCAAAUCGACCCAUCCUCGAUUCAGAUUGCUUACUCAAAUGGCCGCCACUUGCAGAUACCGAAGGUAUGCCGAUAAAAGAACUCAUGUGGUCAUGGCUCCAGAGCAUGCUCAGGCCCGGGGCUUUUCCCGAUCCUGAAGACACUCAGUCAAGCUACAUGAGACAUCUGUGGUCUGAUGACCUCAAGCGAAUCAUUGUACAGGCACUCGUCAAUGUGGACGAUUUUCUCUUCGAACGUAUGCACGACGAGGUGUCGGCCCUUGACGCACGGAUCUUGCACCAGCAAGCGGCAGGCAGAUUGGCAGCAGUGAACCAAGAAGACACUCAUUUGAUUGAGAUGGCUCAGACGAUCUUCGAACUUCACCUCGACGUCUACUCACUGAUCAAGCAUCCGACCAGCAGUGUUGAUGUGUCCACUCAGAUUUUACAAAGAGAGAGGCUGGAAAGGUGGUCAAGAUUAGCCCGAGAUGCCAUGGCAUACCGAGCUACGGACGGGCGAACUUCGAUCAUCGAUGAACUGGAUUUCAGACACCUGUGGACAUCAACUUUUCAUCUGAGCGUGUCCGAUGAUGUAUCUCAGGAAUACGUUGUAACCUGCAUUGAGGAGCUGAAGACCAUUGCAAGUCUGCUGCCCGGCCCUGCCAUCUACGUACCCAACAACGCUGUUAUGCCUGAGCUCUCCGCUGAGGCAGCCGAGCGGGAGUUGACAAAGAUCAACAUGAAAGAUUGUUUUAUGAGGGUCUUCCAGCAUGAUGAACAAGAUCCGGUGUCUGUCAUUGAGAGUCUCGAACCGAUACUGGAGUCUUCCGAACAGGACGCAUCACAACCUCCAUCACGCACUGAAGUUGGCGACAGCCAAGAAACGGAUGCUGCUAUGACCCCAGAGCCUGAAGGAGACGGUACAACUUUCGGUGCAAAUCAAGAUGCCCGACCUUCGCCGCUGAAAGCAAUGGUACAUUUUGUCUCGAGCGCUGACGUGUCAUUGCGUUUGUCUCUAUGGCAGCGUCUCCGGCAAGCGUAUGAGGCAAUUGAUUACCCUCCUAAAGCUGUCUCAUGCUACCUCCGGAGUAUCGAAAUCCUUGUCAGAGACAUCAAGAGCGAGGCCUACAGUGAGGCUGGCUUCGAGCAGCGAUCAGCCGAGUUACUCAAGUCGAUCAAAGUUAUCGAUGAAAUAUUCGACAGAAUCCUCAAGGUUGCAACGGUUGAAAACGUUUUCGAAUGCAUCGAUGAAAGCCACAUGCGGUCGUCUCUGAAUGCGAUUGGAGAGCUCCUUUGGCUUUUGAGUACCGUCACCGUCUUUGAGGACUUGAUCCGCGUUGGCCAGAUUCCGCAGCCAACGUUCGAGGGGCGUUUCAACUCAGCAUUUACUGCGUUCAUGGGCAAAUUGCACGACACCAUGGUACGUGGCUGGUUGCUGCAAUGGCGUCUUCUCAGCGACGCUAUGGCACAAGACAGCCAGCUCUUCCCAAAGCCAACCGAGGACAAGUUUGAAUACCUCCGCCAUGUCCAUUACGCUUUCGGUAUUCGUGGCUUCUGUUCAGCCUCCACCAAAGCACUGCUACGCUUGAUGAAGGACGAGCUUUUGAAGUGGUUCAAGACGGACGACAUUGCUGACAUCGAGACCCGAGACACGGUGAUUUGUCAGGUGCUCUAUGAUCUUUACGGUCUUUUCUGCUUUACCAAUGCUGAGGACCUGACGGAGUAUCCGAGCGAUCACGACAUGAUGGAUCAGAAGACGGCUCUCAAAAUCAUCGACUUCGUCAUGUACCAAGCGCGAAAGAUGAACGUUAAGGAUCUGCACAGGACCCAGCUUGGAUCGACAAUUGAUGUUGUUCACGGGUAUCUGGCGCGUACUAAACCUUCAGGCGCCGAGGACUUACUUUUGAACAAGAUGAAGUACCUCUCUUUCAUCAAGUCCGCGGUCAAUCCUUUGGACCUUUACAGGUGUGUCAAUGGCGUCGGCGACUUAUCGACUAAACCGAUACCUGUGAAAAAUGCACGCAUUGCGGCGCGAGGCUGGUACUUCCUGAUGGGAAGUAUUGCACUGAACAGAUUCAGGUCUCAGAAUCAGAAGCGACAAGCUCCCGUGCCAACAGAAGACAUCAACAUCGCGUCAGCCUUCUUCGGUCAGGACCUAGAGUAUGACUCGGAAAGAUGGGAGACGUGGUACUCACAGGCACAAGCAUACGACUACCAGAUCGAUGAGAUGGUGGCAUGGUCUGCUGAAAAGGUCAACAAAGGCGAUCCGGAGCUCGUUCAGCACCAAAGAACAGCCAUCCACUGCUACUCUAUGGCAGUCGCGACAGCUAUCAGGAACGCCGACGCUUCAGAGGAUACCGCCAAUAAAAUGGCGCAGCUCUACGCAGAUUUCGGCAUGCGCAUCUAUUCGUCCUCUCGUGAUCCGCUCUCUAUGCAGGCUUUCGCACUCAAAGAUACCGAGGAGCGGUUUUACAGCACCCAUCAGGUGUUGAGGUCGGUUCCUUUUUCGCCCAUGACACCGGUGGCUGCGUGGAAGUUUGCCAGUGGUCUAUUCAGACGAGCCAUCGCGAGGAGGCCCGACAACUGGCUGUCCCACUUCAUGCUCGGCAAGUGUCUGUGGAAGCUGCAUGAGGCGGAAGAAGGCACCAUCCAACCGCGAAACCGCCCAAGCGUCGAAGAGGUUGUGGCUUGCUUCACAAGAGCAAUCGAAGAACUUCCGGGCAAGAAGGGAAGUCGUGGAGAACCCAUCCUCGAGCCCCACUACAAGCUGUUGUCCAUUCUCUACAAGCUGGUGCAACGAAGGGAGCUUGAGUCUAGAGAAGCAAGCUCCAAGCUCCAAGCCACUCACUAUGCCAGGCAGGUUCCCGUCUUGACGACAGAUGACUCCGAGAACCCUGACGAGUGGGACGACUAUGUCCUCAAAGUUCUCAAAACGCUUCGCUCUGCAGACAAAUCUAAUUGGCAUCAUCGUAUGACCGCGAGAGCUGCGCAUAUCCACUAUGGAGAUCCGGCACCCGCAGACAAGUACAUGGCAGCACUUACUGCCAAGAGCGAGUUCUCGCAGCAGGUCUUCACCAAGACCAUGCAGCUGCAGGUUUGGAAGCCCGAGUAUGAACGCUUGGGUCGGCAUUUUGUCUAUACAACGCGUUAUACUCAGUUCUUCAUCCAGCUACUGUUUGAGACAAACGAUAGAGCUGGCAUGGAGGCCCUGGCGAAGAGGGUCAGGCGUAGGAAUCACGAAUUCUUCGAGCACACAAAGUUGUGGCAGAAUCUGUGUCAUGCAUACCUCAAAAUGCUCCGACGUGCAGGACAGAUUCCAGAAGGCCACGAAGACGCCGUCUUCAAGUCAAUCAACCACGAGGAGUGGACUUCGGCAGCCGCACGCCUUGAAGCGUGGUGCCACGACCCCGAAACCAAGUCCAACGUUCUUGACGUCCUGCGCGAGGCUAUGGAGCUCCGUCGCCUGAACAACAACCUCAUGAAGGCCACCCUCAUCGAUGAUUUAAUCGGUGACACCUAUGCGCUUCUGUACCAACAGGUGGUCCCAACUCUCCAGCCGGAGCCGGAACCGCCUGCACCACCCACAGCCCCCCCAGCCCCAGCCAUAGCCCCAGCCAUUGCCCCAGCGCCCGCACAACCUCAAGCACCCACAUACGAGCGCACUAACAUGAUGUCCAUGCAAAACAUCAUGAAUCUGGACGGUGCCAGUACAAACGAGCCUCCGCCAACUGCAGCAGCAGCAGCAGCCGGUGCAUUCGGUGUCAUGUCGAUGAGCAACAGCAGCAACAACAACCUACCCACAACCGCUCCAACAACAGGCACCACCACUCCCGCCGCCGUUUCCGAAGCCACAGCCGCCGCCGCCGCGGUGCCCAAACCGCGCGCAAAGGGCGUCGGCCGUCGCGAACUCAUGCGCAAGGCCGACGCGGCGGUCACCAGGCCCGUCGUUGCACCUACGACACCGGUCACGAACAUGCCGAUCCGCGCGAGCCCGGCGAGACCGAGCAUUGCCGAGGGUGCGGGCAUGGCAGGGGCUUUCGCGCCUCCUGCGCUGCCGCUGGUGGGCGAUGCAGAGAAUGCGGGCGUUGGAGCGAAUGGUCCGGCCGCGGCGGGUGUGGGUGCGGAUGCAGAUGACGCGGAAGCUGGAGUCAAGAGUGAUGCGAUGGACGUGGAUGCGGCGGAUGCCGGGGCGGACGCCGGUGGAGAACGAGAAGGCGAAGGAGAAGGCGAAGGAGAAGGCGAAGGAGAAGGCGACAACAAGAGCGAGAGCGAAGAGGAAAUUGAGGAGAUCGAGGACAUGAAUGAAGAGGACGAAGGCCCGGAGGGAUACCCUGGCGCGGUCACGUAUGACGAGAGCAACGGCACAGCUGACGAAGCGGGGCCCGCCGACGCAGAAGACAUUGAGGAAAACGCCGUCGCCGACGAUGACGACAACGACACGCUUGUCACCGCCAAGGAAGAGGAAGAAGACGACGAAAACGAUGACGGAAACGAAGAAGUCCCGCUCCCAACGGGGAGCCAGCACUCGUCCGCCACGGCCACGGCCACGGCCGCCGGAGCACCAGCAAACGACGACAUCAAGACCCCGCUGUCGCCAUCCCCCGAGCUUCCACCAUCAUCGAACGAAGACUCCUCCUCCACCAAACCCGAAGCUACCAGUACCACCACCAUCCCCACAGUCAACACCACCGCCGCCAACACCCUCGCGGUCCCUCCAGCCGCCGCCACCACGACCACCACCACCACCGCCACAUCGACAGCCCCCGCCAGCAUCCACGACUCCGCCGACGACGAGAGUGAGCUCUCUGAAAUCAACGACGACUCCGACGACGAAGACAUGGCCGAAGGCGCUCGCGCAGCGGAACAAGCCGCGGCCGCUGCUGCCGCCGCCGUGGCUGCCGCCGCCGCCGCUGCGAGGAAGGAGGAGGAAGAGCGGAAGGCGAAGCAACGACAACAAGAAGAGGAAGAGGAGAGGGAGAAGGCAACGGAAGAAGAGGAGGAGAGGGAGAAGGAGAAGGAGAAGGCGGCGGCGGCGGAGGCGGCGGAGAAGAAGAAGAAAGAAGAACAGGAAGAGAAGCCGAGGAAGGUGAGCGGCAGGAGGAAGUCGGCGGCCAACAACACCGCCCCUGCUGCGAAGAAGACGAGGGGAGGCGGGCCGGGGUCGAGAGGGGGUGGGAGGGGUAGGGGCAGAGGGGGGAGGGGGCGCGGUCGUGGUGGUGGCGCUGCUGCUGCUGGGGGGGAGGGCGGCUCGUAG